GACACAGACGACGGAGGUCAAAGUACUAGAUUUUCACCAAUUUAGUUUUUAUUUAUUUAGUGUUUUGUUUCAAUUAAUUUCUAAGUUAAAAUGUUAAACGCAGUAUCGAGAACAGUUCAAAUAUUCGGUCUAACAGCAGCCAGACAGUCACGAUGCAUAGCGUCUCUAGCAUCUUUGCCAGAAACUUAUCAAAUGCUGUACAAAACUUGCCGGGAUUUUGCGGAAGCAGAGCUGAAGCCCAAUGCAGCGAAAUUCGAUCGGCAGCAUUUAUACCCGGGUGACGCUAUAAAAAAAAUGGGAGAACUUGGCUUGAUGGCUAUUGCAGUGCCUGAUGACCUUGGCGGGACUGGCUUAGACUACCUAGCAUACUCCAUAGCACUGGAAGAGAUUUCUAGAGGUUGUGCUUCAGCUGGUGUUAUUAUGUCGGUAAAUAACUCUCUUUACCUUGGCCCGCUGUUGAAGUGGGGCAGUAAGAAGCAAAAGGAAGAUUUUGUAACACCUUUUUGUACAGGUGACCCAAUAGGCUGCUUUGCUCUAUCAGAGCCAGGCAAUGGCUCUGACGCAGGCGCCGCCUCCACCACAGCCAAAGAUGGCGGUGAUAAAUGGAUCCUAAAUGGAACUAAAUGCUGGAUAACAAAUGGAUAUGAAAGUAAAGCUGCUAUUGUUUUUGCCACAACAGACAAAAGCUUAAAACAUAAAGGAAUAUCAGCUUUUGUAUUACCAAAGCCUAUUAAAGGCUUAGAACUAGGAAAAAAGGAAGAUAAGUUGGGAAUAAGAGGGUCAUCCACUUGUUCUUUAAUUUUUGAAGACUGUGAAAUACCCAAGGAUAACAUUUUGGGUGAGCCUGGGUUUGGAUUCAAGGUUGCUAUGAUGACUCUGGAUGCCGGAAGAAUUGGUAUCGCUUCACAGGCUUUGGGUAUUGCUCAGGCAUCUCUAGACGUAGCAAUUGAAUAUGCAUCAAAACGCAUUGCAUUUGGCAAGCCAAUAACAAAACUUCAGGCGAUACAAAACAAACUAGCUGACAUGGCAACUCAAUUAGAGUCGGCUCGACUGCUAACGUGGCGCGCUGCCUGGUUAAAGGACAACAAUAAACCUUAUACUAAGGAGGCGGCUAUGGCUAAGCUUGCCGCUUCUGAAGCUGCUACUUUCCUAUCUCAUCAGUGUAUACAGAUCCUAGGUGGCAUGGGUUACGUAUCGGACAUGCCGGCCGAGCGGCACUACAGAGACGCACGUAUCACAGAAAUAUACGAAGGUACCUCUGAAAUACAACGGCUUGUCAUCGCUGGACAGCUCAUCAAGGAAUACGGACUAUAAUUAUUACCAUUAAAUGAAACAUUAAGGGCUAUAUCUCACAAACGUUCGAGUAAAUGUGACGCAAGUAUAUCGCAUAACUACAUCGCCUCGAUUACAUCGCAAAGUAUUGUUCGGUCAAUACCAGCUAAUUUACAAAUACUGUUGAUGUGAUACGGCUCUGAUGGAAGAGUAUGACCACGUACCUACGCAUAACUAAAACGGUAACACAUGUAAUUGACAAUACGCCAAGAGUUAAAGUAUUGAAAAAUAUUAUAGGGAAAUAUCAUAGUAUAAUAAGGCAUGGUUGGAAUAGGACGUUUCAAAUGAGUAAAUAAAUGACUGAGUGGUUAAAACGACCAAAUAUUAAUUAAUUACUUUUUCGAAUAUAAUGUAAUAAAAAUACUCACGAAGCUGAAGUUGGAUUUUAAGGUUGCGCCAUAAAAAAAAAUGUAUAUAACUAAGGUAUACACAGGGAGGGGAGGAGAAGCUUGAAGGUCGAUGAAUUUUAGUUUAUAUUCACCCCUUGUCAGUUUAACGAACAUUUUGGUACAUAGGAUAUAUCAUUGUGGAAACUUCACAAAGGUCUUAAUCAUUGAUCCAUAUUUCUUCAAUGAAGUUAAUUUAUUCUCAUCCGAAAUGUGGAAUUUUUCUAUGUAUUCGUUCGUUCGAUCUUUGAAUCAAUAGUAAUAAUGACUGCAGUUCAGAAUAAGGUAGGUAAGGCAUUAUAACUCAUAGUUGAUGGGCAAUCGUAAGGUUAGUUUUCGCUACCUAAUUUCGGUGGCAACUUUUAAGUAUUUGAGUAUAUUAUCGUGAAAUGUUAAAUAAUAUUUUAGAAUACCACACUUGAAUAUUAACCCUUUGACCGCCAUGGACGCUUUAAAUCGACCUACGUUAACAUUUCUGACUCGCCAAAGACGGACACCUUAAAGCGCCAAUACAACCCAUCGAGUAUAUAACCAGAAAUAGAGACGAAAUGUCAUUUAAUUUGUUUGAAAAUUUUUCUGCCAUAUCAUUACAGUCACAACUGCGCUCCGAUUGGCCAGCCCGAAUACGAAACAAUUG